AUGCCUCUCAAUAGACUACAACCCAUUGCAAAACGCGAAGAAUUCACUCACUACCUCCUCCUCGCCGACAAGAUCCUCACCAUCAUUUCACAGUUGGUCCCGGUAUCGGUGGGAGCAUCCUACACCUUCAGCCGUCCGGAGGAUUGCAAAUAUUAA